CCCGGGACUUUAGCAGGCGAGCCCUAGGUUCCUCCGGUAGGUUUCGCGAGUGCGGGUGUCUGCAGAUCUGGGGCGAGCUUGCACGUUCAUCACCAUUGCAUCUCUCCUUGCGUGCUUAAGUUGCCACCACUUUAGACGUCUGUGGCAGAAGUCGUAUAGACUCUUAAGGGCCGCGAAAUCGGAACGACCUUGGUGACCAAUUUGUAAACUCCUGGCAGAGCUGCGCGUACGAGUUGGACGCAGGCGUGGAUUGCAGGGGAUUCGAUUUUCCUUGGCUUUGCAGCGCCUCUUUGGCCGCGUUGGCUUCUCAGAUCAGACGCUAAGGAGCUAAAACUCAGAAAAGCAAUUAUUCUUUCCUGGUGAGGCUUCCAGAGGAGCAAAAAUAGCGACCUGAUUAUGUCUACAGCCCUAUAGAGAUUGGUUUCUCUGUCUUCCCCUCAUAAUUCUGGCCUCAUAACGUUCCUGUGUUCACUGCCGAAAUGAGUGACCGCUACUUAGAACAAAGGAUUAGUAUCAAAUUUUGCGUGAAAUUGAACAAGUCUGCAAGUGAGACCCACCAUCUUUUAAAAGAAGCUUAUGGGGAUGAAGUCAUGUCAAGGGCCCGAGUUUUUGACUGGCACAAACGGUUUAAAGAAGGGCGGGAAGAUGUUCGAGACGAUGCUCGAAGUGGUCGACCUGUCACUCACAGGACGGAUGAAAAUAUCCAGAAGGUCAAGGACUUGGUUUGUUCAAACAGGCAGUUAACGGUGAGGAUGAUGGCUGAAGAGUUAAAUUUAGAUAAAGAAACUGUCAGACUCAUUCUGAAAGAAAACUUGAACAUGAGGAAAGUUUCUGCCAAAGUCAUAUCAGGUAUUUUGAAAGAUGAGCCUAAACCUGGAAAACUUGACUUUGGGUCACAUCUUUCAAAGGAAACUAGGAAAAAUAGCUCGUAUGUAAAGAAGAAGUUAACAAGUUCUGAAACAUUGAGUCAUCUGCAGGGGGAAACUGGUGGGAAAAUGCCUCUGUCUGUAUCGGGUCCCAGAAUCCACUACCCUGCCAACCAGUCUCUGCAGCCAUCAUCUUCUGCCAGUGUUUCCACCAGAGUGGCCCAGGAUUGGCUCACACCCUGGUGAAAGAAACCUGAGGAAUGCACAGGAAAGAAAUGGACAUAAAAUCAAUUGGUCAUCUGCCUAUAAUCUCAACAACUUUCCCAGAGAGUCCAUCACAUAUAAAGAGGAAGAACUCAGUCAUUGUCAUUUAAUGUCAUUCCACACAUUGAUUGAGUACCUACCAUAUGCCAGACGUUGGCCAUGCUGUGUGGGGAAUCAGAGUUGAAUAAAACAUAUUCCUUGGCCACCUUGAGAAGCUCACCAGUUAGUGGAAGAAACAGACAUGGACAUAAAUAACUAUAAUGUACUACAAAAAAAAUUACAAUUGCCAUAGGAAAAAUACAAGUCAAGUGCUUUGUGAGCCAGAGGAGGGAGUGAUUCAUUCCCCAAAAGGACACUGGGAAAAGGUUCAUCAAGGAAGUGGUACUAAAGCAUGAGCAGGAUUUACCUGUCAAGAAGCAGCAGAAAGGGCACUCCAGACAGGGAACAAUGUGGCAAAUUUGUGGCAUCUGGAAAGGACUGGUGACAUAAAGGACAGAAUGAAAUCAAGUGAGGUGUGAAGUAUAAGUAUGAACAAAAGAAACCCAGGCAUGGACAUUGCUGUUGCACUUUGCUAUUUGCUGGCUGAUGUCAUCUUGGCCUCUGUCCCUCGAUCAGAGAGAAUCUCAAGCAGGCUCUCCCUCCAGUGCAGUUAAACUAAAGCCUCAGCCAGGAGAACCAAUGACAAAUGAACGGGGACCAGCAACCACCAUCAGAUGAAAACACUCCCGGGCUAGGUGGUGCUGGAUCCCAGGUGUACCUCCCCAGCCCAGGCAAGAGCUUCAUGUCGGAUGCGGCAAUGAUACCAACACUGCAGUGUGACAGCAGAGAACCAAAGCCUCUUGGCCUGGGUCACAUGCUGCGUUUUUCUUCUUCCAGCUCCUUUACCAGUGCUGCCAUUAGAAUGACUCUGGUGGGCCCACAGCUACAGCUGGACUCCAGGCAUGCCAUGGGCCACCUCAGAGGCUCACAUUUUCUCCAUCCUUUCCUUCCUUCAUUGUGAAUGUUUUUCAUUGUACAAAUGAUAUAGUGAUAAGAAUGGAAACCCCAAAAAUAAGAGGAAGGAGAACACUCAUACAUUAUCUGUUUCCGUUUCUCCUUGCUCGUUCCUGCGCUUGUCUGGGAGCAUAAUUGCUUUUGGCUG